AUGGAGGUUGAUCGUCUCGCAAACGAUAGGAUUACGUACCAGUUCCUGCUUCUCCGCGUGGUUCUCCGCCGGCAAGCACGACCUGACACCACAAGGCUCUCCAGAUGCGCGGGGGGAUGCAACAACAAGAAUAGCAGCAGCAGCAGCAGCAGCAGCAGCAACAACAAUGACAACGACAACACAGCCACCGGCAUUUCCUAA